AUGUACACGGGACCGAAAGCUCACACUCCGACCAGCAUGGCACACCACAAUGACUCCAGCUACAACGCCCGGACCUGGCCGUUCUCCGGAGACGGCGAGACGGUCGAUAUCUAUUCGCCGCCUCCACCUAUCCCGCCUAAGUCGCCGCGCCAUCAGGUUCAAGCGAAGCUGGCGCAGUCGUCGCUAAAGCCAGACAUGUACAUGCAGCCCGUCCAGGCCCAAUCCACGGCCUCAGCCAUGACGAUGUGGGGAGGCAUCAUGAACAAGGCCAACGCGACCAUGAACACGCCGCCAGUCCCCCUGAUCGGUAUUCGUAAUCCGGGACCGCAGCCGCAGACCAAGCCAUCUAUGGCGAAGAGCGACACAGUGGCCACGAAGACCUCGAGCUCCACCUCUAAGCCUGGCAUCAAGCGCAAACUGACAAACGCCACCCACAAGGUCAGGAGCCCCAGCUUCUGGUUCCCGUCUAACAACCGUGAUCAGGAGAAGGUGUCGAAGAUGGAGAUAGGUGCGCCUACCCUCACGUUUGCUUCUAAUGACUUCAGGGCCGUGGUGACUCCGAUUGCCAAUCCGGCGCCUGAGCUUCAUCGCACUGUUUCGGCUCUUGAGAACUUUCCUGGUCAGAGUAAUGAGGAGUAUUCUUCGCUGCCUUACGAGGAGGAGUACUACGUUGUCAAGAAGGAGGCGGAGGAGAGAGGUGAGCAGCCUCCUAACAAGGACCAGUGGCUGCAGAGACGGAACAUGUUCUGA